GCUCCUCGUCCUCAUUCUUCUCUGCUGCAGCUUACUCCGAGGGCACCGAACCCCCUCGAGCCCUCCAUUCCAUCUUAUCAAUCACCUAUUUAAUCAACCUACUAAUCGCUCAUCCCUUCUUUUCCGCUCUUCUUCGCUCUUCCAGCUGUUCCGCGAGUACCCCUUCUCAUCAUGCAAGCCUCACGAGCGUCCUCCCGCGCCCUCGCGGCCAUUGCUGCUGGCAGCAAGCAGACACGCAGCCUUCAUAUGACGGGGCCAGCGACCUUCUCCUCCCUUCUCACGUCUGAGCGGCCUGCGCUCAACCUCCCCCGCGACCUCGCUAGUCUCCGCGCGGAAUGCCAGAAGCGCAAGCUCCCCACCUCCGGCACAAAGGAUGAGCUCACAUCCCGCCUGUCCGCCCACGAGCUAGCCAACACACGCGCAUUCAGCACCGCCGUCCAAGACUCGAAGCGGCCCAUUCCGGACCCUACCGCGGUCGGAAAGACAGUCCGCCAUUUCAACACAAGCCGCAGUCUCAAGGCUGUGAAUGACACCUCCACAAUCGACUUCGCGUUUCUUCCCGACUUCGACCCUGAUGCCGGAAGCUCGCCGGUUAACAUUCGGGUGCCCAUGGUCGGACUGGCCACUGCGUCAAGUUCCGAACAAAUAGCUGCUGCUGAGGAAGCCGAGGAAGAGGUUAUGCGCCCUCAAAUCGUGACUGUCGCCGCUGACGGAACCCACAUCUACGCCCCGGCCGCCAUGUCCGAAGUGUCCGACAACAACACCAUAGACUUUCAGGGCAUGGCGAGCCAAGUCGCUAGCAAGUUGGCGAAGCCAGUGGAAGAGGGCGCCGGAAUGGCGCGCCAGCUCUGGGGCGGUCUGGUAGACGACAUCCUUGGUCCCAAGGGUCCCAGCGCUGCCUAGUCCGAUAUCAGCAUACUAUUACCAUUCGGGAAAGCGCCGGAACUCUCUGCUCUGGUGCCACUCAAACGUUUACGCGGUGAAGCAAGCGGAUCGUCCCCCCC